AUGCUCAGGGAAGACAGACGCCCCCAAAUAUGCGGCCUGGCGACUGCUUUCUUCCUGCAGCAGCAGCCCACGCUGCAGCACGCGCACAUACGGCUGAUAGAAGCAAAGCAGCAACUCGGGGGUACAUACACCCGAACUGAUCUAGCGCAUGCAGGCGUGCUGCUGCAGCUGUUAGACAAGCUCGAACCGCAGCAGCAACAGCAGCAGCAACAGCAGCAGCAGCAGCAGCAAACAACACCGGUCUCUGCCGCUCCAGCAGCUGUUACUACUCCAGCAGCUGCUGCUACUGCAGCAGCUGCUGCUGCUCCCAGCAGACAAAACCUCGACCUCCCGUCGCUGCUGCAGCAGAUCGUGCAGCAGCGCUUCCCUUCAACUCGCCACCUCUCAGUGCCCCCUGAGAUGCUCAGCGGGGGAGGCAGCAGCAGCAGCAGCAGCAGCAGCAGCACCAACACCGGAUUUGUUCGUGACAGUGCGUGCAUUGCUCUAGAGUUUGGAGCUGGGGCUCCUCACGUGCUAGCUCCUGGGGGAGGCCAUCUGCUGCAGCUGCUGCAGCGUGUGCUGCAGCCAUCGCAGCUGGCUGUAGGGCGGCGUACUGCUGCCUCUAUUUUCUCACUGCGACGCGGAAGCAACAGCAGCAGCAGCAGCAGCAGCAGCACCAGCAGCACCAGCACCAGCACCAGCAACAAAUGGGGGGCUCGAGGGGCCUCCUGGUUGUCGGCCUUGCGGUUGCCGCUACUGAGGGGGCCCCUCAGGGGGGCCCCCCUGUUUGAGUGCAGCCGCCCUGGAAUAUCUCGGUUGAAUGUUUUGCGUUGUUUGUUUGUUGCGGUUGGAGAGGCUUGUUUAAGGAAGAACUCCGUCUUAAAGGAGCAGCAAAAGAGAAAUAUGUACAAAAACGAAGAAGGCAAAGGCGAUUUGUCUGUGGCUGCCUUUGCUGCGCUGCACUCCAGUAAAGCAUUCGCAGCAGACUUGCUGCUGCCAGCCUUCAAUGCAUGCAGCGGCGGAGCUAAGCCUGAGGCCCUCUCCUCCCGAGCCUACUUCCCCCGUGGGUGGCUGCUGCAGCAGCAGUACGGCUCUCUGCUGCGAGGCACUUUAGCUGAGCGCCGGUUAGCAAGGGCUGCUGCCAGCAGCAGCAGCAGCAGCAGCAGCAACAUCAACAACAACAACAGCAGCAGCAGCAGCAUACCCUCUCCUGACGCAACAAAUGAAGCAACGGCUGACAGCAAACGUAAAGGGCCCCUUCUCCUUCCCGUACCGGGAUGCAAACCCUCUCCCCAAGGGCAGGAAGCGCUGCAGCAAAUUGCGCAGGAAGGCGGAGGUCUAUUCGCCCCAGUUGGAGGCAUGAAACAGGUGUUGGAGGCCCUCGCCAGCUAUAUUUCCUCUCCCUCUGAAGGCAGGCCCCCUGUCUCUAUUGAGUUGGGCUGCCGGGUGCAGCGGAUAGAGCCGCUGCUGCAUGCAAACGCCUGCAGCAGCAGCAGCAGCAGUAGCAAUAGCAGCAGCAGCAACAACGAGCUUGGGGAUGUGGGUGGCUCCGCUGCAGUUGUUUGCACGGAGGGUCGGCGGUUUACUGCGGAUUUGGUGGUUUGUGCCUUGCACCCAUUUGAAUUGAGUUAUUUAAUGAAGUCUUCCGCAUUAAAAGGAGAAAACAAAAGAAGAAAACAAGAAGAAAAAGAAGCAGCAGCACCUGCAUAUACACUGCAACAGCAACCCUUGAACAAUUCAGGUGUAGGUACACCUUACGACUUCCUCGCUUCUCUCCCCUGCUCCUCCUACAUUACAGUGCAUGCAUUCUGCUCGAGGGCCUCCCGCCGAGCUGCUGCUUUGGGGCGAGGCUGCUUCUAUAGCCCUCAGCAGAGCGCAGCAGCAGCAGCAGCAGCAGCACCGUCGACAGCAACCGCAACAGCAGCAGCAGCAGCCGCUGCUGCUGCUGCUGGUUUGGAUGCUACAGAGGCACUAGCUGGGCUUGAAGCUGCCUUCCAUGUAGCACAGGAGGCCUUGUCAAUAACAGAGUUGCAGCUCUUAGGAAAUAUUUACCCGCAUGUUCAAGGGGAAGCAUUGGCUGCUGCUGGGCGCUUAGAAGACUGCAGCGCAAAGUAUCUCAACAAGCCGCUGCUGCUGCACGUCCAUGCAGCUGUUGCAGUGCAGCAAAUCGAGAGAACGCUACACAACAUGCAGCAGCUGCUGCUGCCACUGCAACUGCUGCUGCAGCAAAGCCGAGAGCACCCGCUGCAGCAACAGCAACAACAACAGCAGCAACAAAAGCCUACGGUGCAGCUGCUGCAGCAGGGGCCAGCAGCAGCUGCUGAGAAUGCAGCUUGCAUGCGCGCGUUGGGGCUGCUGCUGGGAGCAGCAGAAGAAGCAGUAGACUUAGCGCUGCAGCGCGAGGGAAUAACAGCAGCAGCAGAUCGGCUGCUGAUGUCUUCUCGGGUGUCUCUACAGGUGGAGCCCCAAUGGCCCCUAGUAAUAGACAAGCAAACAGCAAAGACAAACGCAGCAGCAGCAAAACACAGAAAUAGAUUGCUGCACCUGCUGCAGCAAUUCGAUCGACUACGCACCCAACACUGGACAGCAACCGCAGCACUGCACGCCGCAUCCACGCAUCUGCCUCUCAAACACCUUCACACAAGCAACUCACCAAUAACACAGACAGCUCCAGAGGUGCCCCCUCAAAGGGCCCCCCAGGGGCCCCCAGAGGGGUUCCUGCAAAGACCCCCCCAAAGGGCCCCCCAAGGGGCCCCCCAAGGGGCCCCUCAGGGGGCUGCGCAGGGGGCUCCCCAGAGGGCCCCCUUGGGGCCCUCCUUCGGAGGCCCCCAAGGGCUUUCGCAGGGGGCCCCUGAUGGGGCCCCUCAGGGGGCCCUCCAGGAGGCGGAAGAAGUGUCUAUUAUUGAUAGCCCUUCAGAGGUACAGAAGAAAGAGGAGAGUGAUGGUGACUCCGAUGAAUUAUUUUUGUUUGCAAAGGCGAGAGAAGAAUUUCAUCGAGAGAGGGUAAAGAAAAUGCCGUGGCUGCAGGUAGUGGGGCCUGCAGGAUGUUUGGGGUGA